AUGGCUGAUGACUACCUUCUCACACAUUAUCCCAGGGGAUGGUUAGACGAUAAUCUUCAAGGCCCAAGCCAUGGUGAUAUUCCUCUUGGGCUCUCUCAUAUUCUACCAUGGGGUCCAUUUGGAGUACUGGUGGCAACCAGGGUGCCUCCGGCUGAUGUCUCCUAUCACUUUCACCUACCGCGAGUCCCAAAGCCAAUCCCACAAAAGCAGGGUCAGAAAGUACAGACCAGCGGCAACCUAGUCUCCCUUCUGUCUAGCUUCUUUGCCUCAUUCUACUCGAAAUCCUACUUGGUACUUCUUCUUUUUUUGUUAGCUUGUGAGUACACGCACUUCUCUCUCUCUCUCUCUGGAGGGUUUGGAGAGAUGGGUGUUUGUACAAGGUUAAUCAUUGUAGUGUUUAUCUUGGUUGCAUGCAAUACAAGGUGUGAUGGAUCAAGAAGGAGUGAGCGGUUCUAUGUGAAGCCAGGCUCGUCUAAGGAAGUAGGCUACUUGUUUGGGUUCUUUCCAAGAGCAGUUCCAAUACCACCAUCAGGUCCUUCCAAGCAGCACAAUGCAGUUGGAUUGCUAAGCCACCAGAGCCCUUGAUCUUAAGUGUCCUUUUCAUCACUUGAAGAUUACCUGUGUUUAAGUGUCUUUUACUACUCUACAAGGGUUUAUAUGUAAAUGGAGGCUUUUUUACUUCUUUUUUUUUUUUUGGUGUGGUUUGGGAAGUAAGAUUUGUGGGGCCGUCAGAGCCUUUUUUUUUUUAAUUUAUUUUUUAUGUUUUUCAUGGGAAGGGAUAUGUAGCAGGGUGGCAAAUAUCGCCAAGAUUUUCAAAAUCUCGUGUAUUAUCGAGAUAUUUUGAAAAUCUCGGUUGUUCUGAGUUUCUCGUAUUUUUUUAGAAAUUAUCCCGAAAUGAACAUAAAAAAUACUUAAAAUUUAACUGACUCAUUAUAUAAUUAGAUUUUCAUUUUU